AUGUUGUUGUCGAGUAGGGUUGAGUCGGCAGCCCGAUACCCAGCGAUCCCUGAGAAUAAGCUAAAUUUAGCACCAUCAGCAAUGGGAAGUCGUUCGAAUUCUGUGAGUCGACGUUCGUCGAUGAUCGAUGACUGUGGUCGUUUCUGUGCACAACCGAUAGCCGACAGCGGUCCUGAGCUGUUGGUAUCGCUAUGUUGUGAUAUGGGUCACGUAGUUGUCGGCAUUGAAAAAGGCUCUUCAUUCACCUAUAAUUCUAAACUUCCU